AUGGAAGCCCUCGCAGCGAUCGGACUGACCGCGAACAUUAUCCAGUUCGUGCAAGUCAGCUAUGAAUUCACGACGCGCGUCAGACAGCUCUGCCAUUCGACAAGUGGAACGACUGAGGAGUUCGGGGACCUGGAGAGCGCCGUAUCUGCCGCAUUAACCAAGAUCAGCGAACUCGAACAUUUGGUCGAUACAUCGGCUCCAGAGAAAUACCUGAUCACCUCCUACAUCGAUGUUUCUCGACGGCUUAUGUCGAUCCUCGAUCAAAUCAAAGUCAAGCAAAACGCUGGACUAUUCGCGAGGCUGAGAGCAGCCCGGAGAGCGAUCGCUAGGAAGCAGAAGAUCGAGCAGAUGGGUAGUCAACUGGACAGUUUAGUUCAAACGAUUAUAUUAAGUCUCAAUGUUGAACAGACAAGGGCGCUUCGCUCGAUGAAAGACCAAGAGGCGUCUGUCGAGCAGAUGAACACACUGCUGAAGCAUUUCCUUGAAGGCCCGCAGUCAAGAAUCACCAAGGCUCUUGGUUACCCAUGGGAGACAGGAGAGUUAGGCGAGCACAUUCGAGUAGAUGACGGUCUUGGACAUCAGUAUAUUCUCCCACUGGAUUGGUGCUCUUCGCAGCAGAUCUUCAUGCAGAGUCUGGUCUUCAAAUUCAAAUCAAGAAACCUCCCGGGUCUGGUACAAAUCCAGAACGCCCACCUGGAAAUAUGGAACUGGGAAGAAACUUCCAAACUGGACAAAGACACUUGGCCCUUACAGGUGAAGGGGGGCCAAGGGAUCGAAGUUUCAUUUGUGAUGUGCAGUCCUUUUGGGUAUUCCAGGAGCAGAUGCAUGCGAUGCUUUAAAGAGGCAAAGGCAAAUACCCGCCAACGCAGAUAUACACACUGUGAUAAUUGUCGGCUUCAUGUGCGCUGGGUUGAGCCUGGCGACAUCUCAUAUCUACCGGCCGACGUUAGCAUAGGCCUCGGCCCGGAUACAUAUGCCAAUUUCCUGGAACAGCCGGACUCCAGCCUUUCGCAAAAUUCCGGCGUGGAAGGGGCUGUAGAGCUGAAGGAUACAAAGGACAUGCCUCAGUCACAACCCCAAGAUAAUAUCCCGGCCAUCGAUCUUGUCUGCCACCGGCUCACCAUGAAGUGGGAGCCCAUGUACAACAUUGUCCAUCGAUAUAUGUACUGCCGCUGCAUUGCGCGACAAUCCACCCCAUCCAAGCUCGAGAGAGAAAUGACCAUACCCAUUUUUGAACCGUGUCCGAGACACAAUAGCACGGGGAUCAGUUUCAAAGACUAUGGGAACCAAGACUAUCACCAAGAUCCAUAUUUCGACCGGUUCGGAGGAUAUAACGCAUUCCGCGGGAUGGUCUACCACGUCUCACAAGAGAUAUUUGUCGACAUCUUAGGCGCCGAGCGGUUUAUUCCAAGCCAUGAAAUUCAAUCCACGGUAGAAGCUAUAGAGCGAGCGGUUGAUGCGGACCCUCCUGGUCUUCUCAACGCGGUGGAAGACUAUCAGUACGAGAUAAACAGCAGGCUCCAUGACUUCGGGGUUCAGUUACCAGACCACCUGGAACAACCCGUACUUGCAAGACAAAGACAGGAGACGACAAGCGAAUUUGACUCGGAGAGUCUGGAACGGUUCAGACAGAGUUUUGCGGACAGCCCAGCCACUCGAGAGCUUAACUCAAUUAUUACGGGUGAAUGGUCUGGCAGAUUUCACUGGACGAUCGAGUGA